AGGUACGUCUAGCAUACCCUAUAGGAGCGGUCUCACUUCUCAUUACCUCCCACACAAUAUUGGCUGUUUCGGAAACCAUGAAGCACAUCUCUAUCCUCAUUUUGUUCAGCAUAGGUGUUAACAGUGUGCUCAGCUCACCUAUAUCCGCCACUCUCGAUGCAUAUAUUAGCUCUGGUCGCAGUCUAGCGUGCUGCCGUGAGCUCCUGAACUGCGACCUUAACGUCCUGUCGGAGGGUUGCGAUUUUUCCCAUUACUGCUGUGACAUUACGGUAAGCAUAACUCUCAGGACUGUUUCAUCGUUACGAAUAUAUUGCUUUUAUGCCUUUGAAGGAAAAUUUCGCUUUUAAUGAUUGUCAUCUGAAAUCGGACCAGUAGCAACUUGUCUUCGUCCAGAUUUGUUCGUUAUUCAUUACGAAAUUUCCCUUUACAAUGCCCAUGGUUUCCAAGGUUGUGAUGAUCAUACCGGAAUUAUGAUGAAGAGACAUAUCAUCAUUGUCUUGGAACAAGAGACUGAGAGAAAAUUUUCGCCUAUUGGGAAAAAACACUUCUCCGCUGAUCUUGCUAUGACUAAGAUCCGUGGCAUUUGUGUUUGGACAUAUCGGAUCCCAGAUGCUACUUCCCGCUAAAAAUGGAGGGUUGAUUGGAGAAGAAAUGCGGAACGGGGUGAAUUCGAUUGAUAAAGACGACUUCCUUCAAAUCUACCCUAUCGCAAGAAAGGCUAC